AUUCACGGAGGACAGUCGUUCUUCAUCCUUCGAGAUGGGACUAGUAGUAAUGGCGGCGUCUCCUCCUCUCCACCUUCGUCUGGCCACCUUCUUUCUCCUGACGCAGCAGCUGAUUCACGGCGCCCUUUCCCUGCCGAGCCAUGACGCUGAAGGGAGGCUCCAACGUCGUUCUAUGGAAACGAGGGACUGGGUAAUGGAGCUCUCAGAUCUCCUAGAGAAAGUCAGGGCCAAGAAAAAUUACCUCGAGGACGACUACACGAUGGCUGAGUACGACGAAGAGAUUGAUCUGGCUGGUCUGAGCGACUACGGCUCGGGAGAAGGAGAAGAAGAAGAAGGAGAAGGAGUAGGAGUAGAAGGAGAUUACGCCGAAGAAGCCCCUCCCGACGUGGACGAAGAAGAGAGCAGCGUCUGUGGGAUAAGGCCCGUGAAGACGGGGAGUCCCCUCAUGAAGAUUUUGGGUGGCAAGGUGUCCGAAAAGGGCUUCUGGCCAUGGCAGGUGGCUCUCCUCGACGAGGACAUGGACCACAAGUGUGGGGGGACCUUGAUUGCCCCACAGUGGGUAUUGACAGCAGCACACUGCGUGGAAGACGGCCUCACGGUCGUCUUAGGGGAACAUCACCUGGAACACGACGAUGACAUGGAAGUCAGGAGGAAGGUCGACAAGUACAUCAACUACAACGACUUCGACGUCGCGACGCUGGAACAUGACAUUUCCCUCUUGAGACUGUCAAAGAAAGUCAAAUAUAAUGAGCACAUUCUUCCUGCCUGUCUGCCCACCUCAAAAGAAAAGUUACCCAAGUCCAGCAAGAACUGCGUCGUCAGCGGGUGGGGCAAGGAGAAGGGGUCACACUUCUACGGGUCGACACUUCUGAAGCACGUGGAGGUACCAAUUGUUGCCAAAAAAUCUUGCAAGGAAGCCUACCCAGACCACGUAAUUUCCCCCAAUACCUUCUGUGCAGGAUCCACGAAGCAGAAAAGUGACACUUGCCAAGGUGACUCCGGUGGACCGCUGGUGUGCAGCAACGACAGAGCUUGGACUGUGUAUGGAGUCACGAGCUACGGCGACGGCUGCGGCCGGAAGAUGAACUACGGAGUGUACACCGAGGUCGCGAACUACAUGGGCUGGAUUGCGGACGUCAUGAGCCGUUAUUCCUAGGAUCAUUGAGCGCAGAGGAGAUUCACCAUGGUUUUCUUGAUGAUGAUGAUGAUGAUGAUAUUUGGGCAUAAACCGGACUGUUGUGAUGGGUACAGUGGGGCCCCCAUAUUCGCGGACUUACGCAUUCGUGGACUUCUCUCUGGAACAUUUCCUCGCAUUAUUUGCAGAAAAUUUGCCUAUUCGUGGUAUUUUUUGAUGAGGAAUAUACACAAAUUCCUGUUUUUUUUAUAAAUUUCAUCAUGCAUUUUUGUGAUAAAACUAUUGAAAAAACCAGGUAUAAAAUUUUUUAGUGGGUUUUUCUUGAGUUUUAACUAACAAAAUAGGAGGUUUUAAGCAUUUUUAUAGGUGUUCCAACUUUUCGCAGGUUCUAACUAUUCAGGGGGGUGCCUGGUACGCAUCCCCCGCGAAUACGGGGGGACAACUGUAUUAGUACUAAUCUGCUAUUAGUAUCUGUCAUAAUAUAAUUUUUGACUGUUACUCAUGUUA